CCCGGGGCAAGAUGGCGGUGGGUCUUUGGCUGAUGCCCCGGGUCUGGCAGAACUCGGGGAUACUGGGCUGAGGCGGUGGGAGUUGCAGCCCGGACCCCGAGCGCGGGGCCUCGAAUGGAUAAAGGUCUACGGCCUGCGGCCAUCCGCAGCAGCUCCUCACCAUUUGCCUUGCAGAGUUUGUGCAAGUUUGCAAACAUGUUCACUGUAUCUCAGACUUCGAGAGCAUGGUUUAUCGACCGAACCCGGCAGGCACGAGAGGAAAGGCUAGUUCAGAAGGAGCGGGAGCGUGCAGCGGUGGAGAUUCAGGCACAUGUCCGGAGUUUCCUGUGCCGGCGUCAACUGCAUAGAAGCAUCAGGAGAGAGAUUGACGAGUUUUUAAAAGAUGAUGACUCUGGGUCCAGUAAAAGAAGUGCGCUUUGUAUCUUCAAGAUUGCCAGGAAACUACUGUUCUCAUUCAGAAUUAAAGAGGAUAAUGAGAGAUUUGAGAAGUUGUGUCGUUGCAUCCUGAGCAGCAUGGAUGCUGAGAAUGAGCCUAAGGUGUGGUAUGUGUCCCUGGCUCUUUCCAAGGAUCUUACUCUCCUGUGGAUUAAGCAGAUCAAGUCUAUUCUGUGGUAUUGCUGUGAGUUUCUUGAGCAGCUCAAGCCUGAAAUCUUACAAGACUCCAAACUCAUCACACUGUACCUAACCGUGCUCGUCACCUUCACAGACACUUCCACGUGGAAAAUUCUCCGAGGAAAAGGUGAGAACCUUCGACCUGCCAUGAACCACAUUUGUGCAAAUAUAAUGGGACAUCUCAAUCAGCGUGGAUUUUAUUCUGUGUUGCAGGUAUUGUUGACCCGAGGCCUGGCCAGAUCCCGGCCUUGCCUGUUCAAAGGCACUUUAACGGCAGCCUUCUCUCUAGCAUUGCGCCCUGUGAUUGCCGCACAGUUUUCAGACAAUCUGAUUCGGCCGUUCCUCAUCCACGUCAUGUCUGUGCCUGCUCUCGUGACCCAUCUCAGCACAGUGACCCCUGAGUGUCUCACUGUUUUGGAAUCGCAUGACAUGCUUCGUAGAUUCAUCAUAUUUUUGAGAGCUGAAGAUCGGUGCCUUGACAUAUGUGAAAAUUUAGAAGGAUGCCAUACCCUCUGUGUAAUGGCCAACAUCUUACAGCUGGGCUCCCUCAGCCCCCAAGUGCUAGAGGAGGAGACAGAUGGAUUUGUGAGCUUGCUCACCCGGAUGCUGUGCUACUGUCAGAAGUAUGUGUCCCAGAAGAAGUCCAACCUGACCCACUGGCACCCUGUCCUCGGCUGGUUCUCCCAAUCUGUGGAUUAUGGCCUCAACGAGUCCAUGUACUUGGUCACCAAACAGCUGCAGUUCCUGUGGGGAGUGCCUCUCAUCCGCAUCUUCUUCAGUGACAUCCUGAGCAAGAAGCUGCUGGAGCACCAGGAGCCAGCCCCCGCACGGCCGGCGUCCCCACAGAAUGUGCUUCCCGUGAAAAGCCUUCUCAAGCGUGCAUUUCAGAAGUCUGCGUCAGUUCGGAAUAUUCUCAGGCCUGUCGGGGGGAAGCGCGUCGACUCUGCAGAGGUCCAGAAGGUUUGCAAUAUCUGUGUCCUCUACCAGACCUCGCUGACAACUCUGACGCAGAUCCGCCUGCAGAUACUCACAGGUCUCACUUACCUUGAUGACCUGCUGCCCAAACUGUGGGCAUUUAUCUGUGAGCUGGGGCCCCAUGGAGGGCUAAAGCUCUUCUUGGAAUGCCUGAACAAUGACACUGAAGAGUCCCAGCAGCUCUUGGCCAUGCUGAUGCUGUUCUGUGACUGUUCCCGGCACCUCAUCACGAUCCUUGAUGACAUUGAAGUUUAUGAAGAACAAAUUUCAUUCAAACUGGAAGAGCUGGUCACCAUAUCCUCUUUUCUGAAUUCUUUCGUGUUUAAGAUGAUCUGGGACGGAAUCGUAGAGAAUGCCAAAGGUGAGACCUUGGAGCUGUUCCAGUCUGUCCAUGGGUGGCUGAUGGUGCUGUAUGAGCGGGACUGCCGGAGGCGCUUUGCCCCUGAAGACCACUGGCUACGAAAGGAUCUCAAACCUAGUGUGCUCUUCCAGGAACUUGACAAGGACCGAAAACGCGCCCAGUUGGUCUUGCAGUACAUCCCUCAUGUCAUUCCACACAAAAACAGAGUUCUCCUCUUCCGAAACAUGGUUACCAAAGAAAAAGAAAAACUGGGGCUUGUGGAAACCAGCUCCGCCUCUCCUCAUGUCACUCACAUUACUAUUCGACGGUCCCGGAUGUUGGAGGACGGCUAUGAGCAGCUGCGACAGCUCUCCCAGCAUGCCAUGAAGGGUGUGAUCCGGGUGAAGUUCGUCAAUGACCUUGGGGUAGAUGAGGCCGGGAUCGAUCAGGACGGCGUGUUCAAGGAGUUCUUGGAAGAGAUCAUCAAGAGGGUGUUUGACCCAGCUCUCAAUCUGUUCAAGACAACCAGUGGGGAUGAGCGACUGUACCCCUCGCCCACAUCUUACAUCCACGAGAAUUACCUGCAGCUGUUUGAGUUUGUGGGGAAGAUGCUGGGGAAGGCUGUGUACGAGGGAAUCGUGGUGGACGUGCCCUUCGCCUCCUUCUUCCUGAGCCAGCUGCUUGGGCACCACCACAGCAUCUUCUACAGCUCCGUGGAUGAGCUUCCUUCUCUGGACUCGGAGUUCUAUAAAAAUCUCACCUCCAUCAAGCGCUAUGACGGGGACAUCGGUGACCUGGGCCUGACGCUGUCCUAUGAUGAGGACGUCAUGGGUCAGCUUGUUUGCCAUGAACUGAUUCCUGGAGGGAAGACCAUUCCUGUUACAAAUGAAAACAAAAUUAGCUACAUCCAUCUGAUGGCACAUUUCCGAAUGCACACUCAAAUAAAAAACCAGACAGCUGCCCUCAUUAGUGGAUUCCGUUCCAUCAUCAAACCCGAGUGGAUCCGAAUGUUCUCAGCCCCUGAGCUGCAGCGUCUCAUCUCUGGUGACAACGCCGAGAUCGAUCUGGAUGAUUUAAAGAAGCACACGGUGUACUACGGUGGCUUUCAUGGGAGUCACAGAGUCAUCAUCUGGCUCUGGGAUAUUCUGGCCUCCGACUUCACACCUGAUGAGAGAGCCAUGUUUCUGAAGUUUGUGACCAGCUGCUCCAGGCCUCCACUCCUGGGAUUCGCCUACCUCAAGCCCCCUUUCUCCAUCCGUUGUGUGGAAGUAUCCGACGAUCAGGACACUGGGGACACCCUGGGCAGCGUCCUCCGGGGCUUCUUCACCAUUCGCAAGCGAGAGCCAGGUGGCCGUCUGCCCACCUCCUCCACCUGCUUCAAUCUGCUCAAGCUGCCCAACUACAGCAAGAAAAGCAUCCUCCGGGAGAAGCUGCGCUACGCCAUCAGCAUGAACACGGGCUUUGAGCUGUCCUAGCUCCGACCGCACCGCAUCUGUGCGCCCUCCAGGGCUCCUAGAGACAGCUGGGAGCAGGGCAACAUGCAGGAGACAUGGGCCCCCCAUAGCCAUGAGGCUCCCCUGUGGCCUCGAGGACCUUAGAUGCACGUGACGGCACUGCACAGCCCUCUCCAGGUGAUGCUAGUAGGCAGGGAGAGUUGACAAUAAACCUCCAGGUUCCACCCACGUUGGUCCUUUUUUCCCACUCUCCAGUGGCCUAGAGCCCAGGCCUGGCAAAUGUAAAGAGGCCACCUUUGGAUAGUUGGGGCUUUGGGUCUGUCUUCCCCUGACCAGAGUGAGCUGGUCCCUAGAACCACAGGAGCCUAGAGUCGUUCCGUGGCAUGGGUCUGAGCGCGUGAAGCCUGCUAUACAUGGAUCCUCUCCUUCCUUUCUGAAAACUUCACUCAGGUAAGGCCUUGCCAAGCCUCUAUGCACCCAACGAAGUCUCUGCCUCUGUCCCAUCCCAGUGGCGUCUUCCCGGGCAGCCAGGCCCAGCUGGUACCCAGGGUGGCCGUGGAGCAGCAGCAGUUCAGGGCGCUGUGCCCACUGCGAAGCCGCACUUCCCAUGCUGCAGCCUCCUUUCUGAGUGCUCGGCAGGCCGAGCUGCCAGGGAGCCCUCGCCGCUGAGCCUGUCCUAUGCACCCACGUUGGCGUCCUGGUUUGGGAGAAGAGCUCCCUGGUCGCAAGCAGCAGCUCCAAUUGUAGCUGCACUCACUCACUGCUACCCAGAACAGCGACUCCCUCUUUCUUGGCUCAUUUGCCCUGCUCAUCUAUCCGAACUGGGCAGUGGCUUCACUCCAUGAAUCAGGGCUUGCUGCCCGGCCCUCAGCACAGAGCACCUGGGAGCCCUUUGCACUGACAAGCUCAGGAGGCUGAGGCGACCCACAUGCACCCUCGCUGCCUCUGCCUUGGCUUGUUGCUUCGUUUUUUAUUCCAUUUCCCCUCCCAGCCUAUUGUGCUUUUCUCUACCAUCUGUUUUCCCCUUUCAUGGAAACUUCCUCCAGAUCCAGGGAAUUGAGGCAGGGGCGACCGCCACCCUCCCCACUUCCUGCACGUCGUGUAUCCCCGCCCAGACUGAAGCCAGGCGUGCCUGCUCCCUCCUCCGCCCUGUGCCAUGGGCUUUGGGCUCACAGCGCUCUUGGAAGCCACACCUUCCAGCGAGAGCCUUCCUGUUGGCAGCAAAGCAGAGCAAACAAGCGCAGCCUGCCGCCCACAUCGGAGGCCUGCGGCUGGAUCCCGGUGUGGGCCAGGCCACGGCCCUUGGGCUUCCGAAGAAGAAUGUGUGCUUUACUGUGAUGGAAGGAAGACAAAUUUGAAGACAGGAAGUUAACGUUAAAGAUAUAUUAGCAACCCCUGCUUCUGUGGACUUGCCACGUUCUUUAAACACUCGAAUCCUUUCAAGAUGUGUAUUGCCCAUGGUGUACACAGUCUGUACGUAGAUGCUGAGCCUGUUAGCUCAGGGCCUGACAAUGAUUGAUCGUUUUUCUCACCGGAGAGGGGGAGCCAGUGGGGUCUAGGGGAGGAGUGGUUUAUAAGCACCAAUAUCAACUUUGCCGGUUUCUUUUCUUGACAGGAGGGGUAGAUUAUAGUCACAGCAGCUGUGAUAUUGCACUAUCUAAAACACUGAGAGUCUGUACUUUUAUAGCUGGUGUUCACUGACACCUUGAUGGCUCUUGACGGCUCUAAAAAGUGGGUUUUUUGUUUUUGUAGGUAACUUAUGAAUUAAGACCUGUCAGAGCUUUAUUAAAUUUGUACUGAAGCACA